AUCGAGACGGUCGAGAUCGUGAGGAUCGAAUGAUACGUGGUGGUGGUGGCGGCGGCGGAGGCGGCGGCGGUGCUGAACGGGACCGAGAACGUGAACGCAGGCGCAGCCGCAGUCGAGACCGGGAACGCAGGCAUCGAAGCAGCAAGGAUGAUCGUGAACAGCGUCGCGAGCGGCGGCGAGAUAGGCCUGACCGGGAACGGCCUGAUCGAGAGCGGCCCGAUCGGGAACGGCCCGAUAGAGAGCGUCCUGAUCGAGAACGACCUGAUCGAGAGCGGCCAGAGCGGCCGGAGCGGGACCGUUCAGAGCGGGAUCGGGGCGACCGGGAUCGCGACCGCCGGGACCGUGCCGACCGUGCCGACCGUGCCGAUGACGGCGGUGGUGGCGACGUGCCUGGGGAGCGCGAGAAGCGUCGCCGGAGCAGAAGCCGGGAGCGAAAACGCAAGCGGAGCCGAAGCCGCAGCCGUGAGCACAGGCGCCGGCGGGAGCGCAAUGGCGCUGAUCGAGGCAUUGACGGCAUCAAGCAGGAACCGUCUGGCGGCGGCGAUCAGCAGCAGCAGGACGGCUUUGCAGAAGACAACAGGUCAGCUGGUGGACCAGGAGGCAACUACGAGUCCGCCAACGCCGAGGGCUACAACAGCGGCCCCGACGGAGGAAGUGGCUACAACAGCGAGAGCCAGUCAUCGUUCAAGAUGGAAAGGACCGAAGAGUACAACUAGGCUGCGGCCUGCCAGUGGCACGGACAGGUUUUGUCUUGUCUUGGGAUGCAUUACCAAGGUCUCCGUCAGAGACGGGCUUCUGGAAGGGAGCGUGUGUGUUGCCUGCCUGCUUGCUCCUUCUCAAGAUUUCCCUUUCUUUGUAUACCAUGAACUCUGUUCCCUUCCUUGACAGACAUCAUUUUACAGCUAUCAUCCAUCAUUGCAAGCAUGCUUUUGUAUUAUUUUUCUUUUUGCCAUGUGGCUUCCUGCUGCUUGAGUGCAUUUCACAAGAGCUGUUUGCACCAGCACAUUUUCACAUUGAACAGACUAGCUGACCACUUAUGAUUAAAUAUGCCGCAUCAUUAAUGCUGUUCAGUAUUUGUUUGAGGAGAAAGUGAGCUGUUGGAUAAUGGGGUAGAUUCCUAAUCACAUUCGUCAUAGUCGUCUCGCAAGAAGCGUUGGUAAGUAGGAAGCCUCUCUGGAGGUAAGUGUCGUUGCAGAAGAUUUGCGAGCUGAGCUCGUAGAACUGAAUUCAUUCUUGAGGGAGCAUGCUGGGCUGUGGUUUCUUGCACACCAUAGUCUUGUGACUGGUAAUUGAGAAGCCCAAAUAAAUUGACAAUACGUCUUCCAA